AUGGUGAACGUUACUAAAGGAGUUCUUGUGGAAUGUGAUCCAGCUAUGAAACAGUUCUUACUUCACUUGGACGAAACUAGAGCCCUUGGUGUUAAAUUUAUCAUACAAGACCUAGACGAGACACAUUUGUUUAUUUCAUCUGACAUUAUAACCACUCUCCAAGCCCGGAGAGUUAAAGACGCGGAGAAAAGAAGAGUAUUAGAUGACGCGGCGAGAAAACGGAGAGCUAGGAAAGCCAUUGAGGCACUGGAACAAGACAAUUUUCAUGAAGACCCACAUGCCGAUUUGGUUAUGUCAAAAAAAGUUCCAAAAUUUGCAGAUUCUAAUGAGAAACCUACUCGGAAAAAGAAAUCGAAGAGUGCAGAGUAUUAUAAAAUGAGGUUUAGGAAAACAUUUGCACAGCUGGUUGAAGAAGAUGUUAGUUUUAGACCAGAACCUCCUAACUACUUGUCAGCUCAAGCACCGCCAUCUACUUUUCCCGACCGCCACUUUUGUGCUGUAUGUGGGUUUCCAUCAAAUUAUACUUGCAUUCCUUGCGGCGCCAGAUAUUGCUGUGUUAGAUGUCUUGGAACACAUUUAGAUACAAGAUGCUUAAAAUGGACAGCU